AUGUCCUCCGACAGGACUUCUGAGCUCUUUUGGCUCGAGUAUGGCAAGCAAAUCAAGAAUAAGGUUCCUGGAGCAGGUCAAGACGGCAGGAUUUUCUUCCUGGUAAAUGAGGCUCAGAAGGGUCCCCCUGCUGGCACUUACAUCCCCAAUGAGUACACGGCCAAGGGUCUGUACGACCUCGGCAACAGCCUCUUGGCCACCGACAAUAUCUAUUACAGCCCUUCCGCCCUUCAUGGAUUCGAUCAAGCUGUUGGCAAUUACUUGAACUGGGGAGACAAAAACAACCCUGCUCUAGACGCUACUCUUCUCUCUGCGAUCGACCAGCAGGAAGGCGCCCAAACAGCCUUGGAAAGAGAAAAGGGCAAGGCUCUAUCCAGGUGGGAGAGGGAUACGCAGAUGGGCUUGGCCACCCAUCCUUUCCCCAUCUGGGUUGAUACCGGCCGCGCCCCUGCUUUGAGUGCGGCGUGUCAGAGCGCCGACGCCAUCGCCCAGACAAUCAUCCAGAUCCAGCUUGAGCAGAACGGUCCCAUGUCCCCUGCGGUUAAGCAGGACAAAGAUGCGCUCGGCUUGGCUUUGAACGCAAGCAUCGACUAUGACGGCUACAACAUGCACGUUGCAGCUGGAGAUGUUCUCACCUCGGCAGAGCUGAUCCUCAAUCAGCAGAACGGCGAAAGGGUCCGGCCUCCAUCCUACUAUCGCGUCCCCUUGUACGAUGCCCCGAACUACAAGACGUUCGUGCAGAGCGCCAUGGAGAAGUCCUCCAGCUCCGACUACAAUCCAUCGCAGUCAAUCCGAGUCACAAUCGACGCGGGGAAAGACCCGUCCGACUACAACUUUGGACAGACCAGAAGUAGAGCUAGUAUUGGAGCUAGCAUCGGAUGGUUCUCAUUCAGUGCUAGCAGAAAACACUUUCAAGAAUCCAGUACUCUGCAGACUGGCUCAGAAACUUCUCAGGUCUCUAUCAAGGUCACCUACGAAAAUCUCGAGGCCAUCACCAUCACCACUGUAAAAUGGUGUAUCACGGCUAUUCUGGCAAUUAAUAGAACUUUGGUCGAGCUGUUUCUGACUUUUCAAAGGGUCGCCGAUGUUUCCAAGUACAGGCUCCGCUCAGAUGCACCUAAAAAGGUCCAGGCACACGGAUUCACAUGGGACAAGGUCAGCAGGAUCUUCAAGGUCAUUCCCAACUACGGCAGUAACUGUGUCACUGUCAUCGGUGUUAUUGGCGAGCCGUUUGGCAGACAGUUCUGA